AUGUGGGGGAAAAUUACAGAGUCCUUCAGCAAGGUCAAAAAAAAGGCAGAUGAGGUUGCGAGCUCAGUUCAAUCGGGGACGGCUCUGCUGUCUCGGGCGCGGGAUGUGCUGCUGACGUUUGGGGGGGGUCACGAGACAGCAGCAGCAGCAGCAGCAGCAGCAGCAGCAGCAGCAGGGUUUGUGGGGCUAACAGCAGAACAGCUGCUGCUGCUGGAAGAACAAGCAGCAGAUAUUCGAUCCUUAGAUCAGCUGCAGCAGCUGCUGCAGGUAUGGACGACCUUGCUGCAGCACGAUGACGACCCGAGUGCUCCCCGCUUCCCUUCUGGCGAAUUAGAGCAGCAGCAGCAGCAGCAGCAGGAAGCCUAUGGCAGCAGUUCAUCUGACGCAGCACAGCAGCAGCAGCAGCAGCAGCAGCAGCGUGCAUGCGGGGACUUCGCGAAGCAAAUCCUGGAGGAGCAGCGCAUGCUGGGGGAGCUGCAGCUGCCGCCGAAGCUCCUCAGCCAGGACUUUGGCUUUGCAGAGGUCAGCAGCAGCAGCAGCAGCAGCAGCAGCAGCAACAGCAGCAGCAGCAGCAGCAGCAGCAGCAGCAUUUGUACAUUUGCAUGCAAUUAG